AUGGCAAGAACAACUAGAGGUCGCCAAAGGAUUCAGAUGGCUAAGAUGGACAACGAGAGUAACCUUCAAGUUACCUUCUCAAAGCGCCGAUCUGGCCUUUUCAAGAAGGCAAGCGAGCUCAGCACCCUCUGUGGUGCAGAUGUUGCGCUGAUUGUCUUCUCACCAGGCGAGAAGGCCUUCUCCUUUGGUCACCCUAAUGUCGACACCGUGCUCGAUCGAUUCCUCAAUGGCAACGAGCUGCCCCAGCAGACCGCUGGCACGGCGCAGCUCAUUGAGGCUCAUCGCAACGCCACUAUUUGCGAGCUCAACGUGCAGCUGACUGAGGUGCUUGGCCAACUUGAAAUGGAGAAGAAGCGUGGCGAGGAGCUCAAGAAGGCGGUAAGGACUAACCAGGAAAGCCACUGGUGGGAGAGACCAGUCGAUGAGCUGAGUGUGCCACAACUUGAGCAGUUGAAGAUCUCGCUGUUUGAGCUCCGGAAGAACGUCAGCAAGGAGACGGAGCAGAUGGUGAUCCAGGCAACCAACACUCAGCCAUUCUUUGGAGCAAGCUCGAGCCAUGGACCGCCUAUUCCUUUCCAAUCGCAGAAUGGAACCAGCGCUCCAGUGAUGCCGCCCAACCCUCAUCAAUACAACUUUGGAUUUGGAUCCGGAUAUUUUUGA